AUUCCUGUGGCUGUACGCACUACUUGUCUUGAAGCGGAAGGACCUGAGCUCUGGUGUAGACAGCAGGGAGGAGGAGGGCGGAGUGAUACCGAGUAGCGAAGUUGGGACUUGAGGCGCAGUCCGCUGAAGUUUUUCAAAAGUUUCUCCGGAGGUGUAGAGAGACGCAAAGCAGCCUAGACCAAGCUGCGGACACAGGGACGACAACGGGACAGGACUAACUUCUUUAACCCUGCUAACGGACUGGAGAUUUCCUUUUAAAUAUUUACAAUUUCAUCAACUUUAUGUCGCUACCCUGUUGCCGCGUUACUUCUUGGAACUUUUACAACUGUGUAUUUUUUUAAAUGGAUGAAUUAUUGCUGACUCUUUGAAGAGAAGUUGUUGGAACAGACCUCCACGGGAAUGGGGAAUUACAAUAUGUGGAUAUUUAUAUGUGUUUUAUUUCUACUGCAGAAUUGCGAAGGUCUCCGCUGCGUGGACAGGCCGUGCGAAAAUGGAGGAACUUGCAUGGACUCUCCUUCGCGAUGCGUGUGUCGGCCUGGUUACCUGGGGCCUCUCUGUCAGUACCCGGACCCUUGUCAGCGCUCGCCAUGUCUGAACGGUGCCGCCUGCAAGACCACGCUGCUGAAGGGGGUGCCGCAGGCCACCUGCGUGUGCCAGAGAGGGUACCGAGGGCCGGACUGCUCUCUGACUGACGCCUGCGCCAACAACCCGUGUGCCAACGGCGCCCGCUGCACCAACUGGAACGGGCGCUACAACUGCUCCUGCCCGCCGGGGUACCUGGGCAAGAACUGCCGCAACGACAUCGACGAGUGCCGCAAGCCGGACGUGUGCCUGAACGGGGGCGUGUGCGCCAACACGCCCGGCUCCUUCCGCUGCCAGUGCCAGCCCGGGUACAGCGGGCGCUCCUGUGAGGUGCCCUCCCUGCCCUGCGCCCCCUCCCAGUGCCUCAACGGGGGCACCUGCCACCAGACCAGCCAGCUCACCUACGAGUGCGCCUGUCUGCCAGGGUUUCAGGGACACAACUGCGAGGUGAACGUGGACGACUGCCCCGGACACAAGUGCAUGAACGGAGGGAUCUGUGUGGACGGGGUCAACACCUACAACUGCCAGUGUCCCCCUGAGUGGACAGGCCAGUACUGCGUGGAGGAUGUGAACGAGUGUCUGAUGCAGCCCAACGCCUGUCACAACGGCGGCACCUGCUUCAACACCAUCGGCGGGCACACCUGCGUGUGCGUCAACGGCUGGAUCGGAGAGGACUGCAGCGAGAACAUCGACGACUGCGCCACGGCCGUCUGCUUCAACGGCGCCACCUGCCACGACCGCAUCGCGUCCUUCUUCUGCGAGUGCCCCGUGGGAAAGACAGGGCUGCUGUGUCACCUGGACGACGCGUGCGUCAGUAACCCUUGCAACGAGGGGGCCGUUUGCGACACCAACCCCAUGAACGGCAGAGCCAUCUGCACGUGCCCGCCGGGGUUCGUGGGCGGGGCCUGCAACCAGGAUAUGGACGAAUGCUCCAUCGGUGCUAACCCGUGUGAGCACUUUGGCAAGUGUGUGAACACAGAGGGCUCCUUUCAGUGCCAGUGUGGGCGGGGCUACACCGGCCCUCGCUGUGAGAUUGACAUAAACGAGUGCCUAUCCAUGCCCUGCCACAACGACGCUACCUGCCUGGACCGCAUCGGAGAGUUCACCUGCAUCUGCAUGCCAGGUACCAGCCUGCUCUGCAGCCCUGAUUGGCCAGGGCCUUAGUCCCGACACUGCCGGGUGGGCGGGGCAUGUAGUACGAGGCCACGGAUAGGAGCGGGGAGGAGAGACGGGGGAGUGUUCUGAAUACUAAUGAGCUGCAGACUGGUGGGAAUUAGUGCCGCGACAAUGGAUCAGCUCAACAGAGAGCGA